CAUUUACUUAGGCAGAGAGCGUAAAUACUUGGGGCGCCUGUAAGAGGCGAGAGUUUGCUUUCCGCAGGCCCAUAAUCAAAGGCCGCAUACUUCUUUUGAGCAGCUAGCCUGCCACCAUGCAGCGCACCGGUGGUCUGGUUAGCCAGCUUGCGGGAGCGCAGCUGACUGGCGCGCUGCAGGAGCUGAAGACUGGGGUGCUUCUGGCCUUCAGCACUGCCGCUCCCGCGGCUGGUGCUCCCCCUCCGCCUCCUCCGCCUCCUGCUAAGACCAGCUUUGGUGGUCUGAAGGAUGAGGACCGCAUUUUCCAGAACAUUUACGGUCGCCAUGACCUCAGCAUCAAGGGCGCCAUGUCCCGUGGCGACUGGUACAUGACCAAGGAGAUCAUCGGGAAGGGCCGGGACUGGAUCAUCGACCAAAUGAAGAAGUCGGGACUGCGCGGCCGCGGCGGCGCCGGCUUCCCCUCCGGCCUCAAGUGGAGCUUCAUGCCCAAGGCCUCUGACGGCCGCCCCAGCUACCUGGUGGUGAACGGCGACGAGUCGGAGCCGGGCACGUGCAAAGACCGCGAGAUCAUGCGCCACGAGCCGCACAAGCUGGUGGAGGGCUGCCUCAUGGCGGGAGUGGCCAUGGGCGCGCGCGCAGGCUACAUCUACAUCCGUGGCGAGUUCGUGCAAGAGCGCCGCGCUGUGGAGCGCGCCAUUAGCGAGGCGUACGCCAAGGGCUUCCUGGGCAAGAACGCGUGCGGCAGCGGUGUGGACUUUGACCUGAUGGUGCACUACGGCGCCGGCGCCUACAUCUGCGGCGAGGAGACGGCGCUGAUCGAGUCGCUGGAGGGCAAGCAGGGCAAGCCCCGCCUCAAGCCCCCGUUCCCCGCGGGUGUGGGCCUGUACGGCUGCCCCACCACCGUGACCAAUGUGGAGACCGUUGCGGUGAGCCCCACCAUUCUGCGCCGCGGCCCCGAGUGGUUCAGCUCUUUUGGCCGCAAGAACAACGCCGGCACCAAGCUGUUCUGCAUCAGCGGCCACGUGAACCGGCCGGUGACGGUGGAGGAGGAGAUGUCCAUUCCGCUCAAGGAGCUCAUCGAGCGCCACGCGGGCGGUGUGCGCGGCGGCUGGGACAACCUGCUGGCCAUCAUCCCCGGAGGCAGCUCCGUGCCGCUGCUGCCCAAGAAGAUCUGCGACGGCGUGCUGAUGGACUUCGACGCGCUCAAGGAGGCGCAGUCGGGCCUGGGCACCGCCGCCGUCAUCGUCAUGGACAAGUCCACCGACGUGAUCGACGCCAUCGCGCGCCUGUCCUACUUCUACAAGCACGAGUCGUGCGGCCAGUGCACGCCCUGCCGCGAGGGCACCGGCUGGCUGUACGACAUCAUGACGCGCAUGAAGAAGGGUGACGCCCGCCUGGAGGAGAUCGACAUGCUGUGGGAGAUCACCAAGCAGAUCGAGGGACACACCAUCUGCGCGCUGGGCGACGCCGCGGCGUGGCCCGUGCAGGGCCUGAUCCGCCACUUCCGUGGCGAGAUGGAGGAGCGCAUCAAGAGCGCCGGCGGCAAGAAGAAGCUUGCCGCGACCGCGUAAAGCCGCGCAGUUCUGCUUCCUGAUCAGCAGACGUGGACUCGGUUUCAGGGCGAUGGAGCUUGGGCCGUGUGUGGCGGGCAAGAGCAGCGGGAGUGGAAGCGGUUGGGGAUGAGCGGCAAAGUGGCGACGGAGGCAUGUGCGUAGCGGCCUUCGUCGGGCGUUGGUGGGUGGGUGCGGUGGGCAUAUCGGCCGUGUCGGCCUGACGGUGCAGUGGCGCAGCAGGGACGGUGCAAGCGCCUGCCUGGCAGUCGUGGUGGGGACGAAGCGCAUCUCAAGGUGGGAGGUGGGAGAAGAGAUGGGUUGGUGCGUGUAGGCACCACACUGGGUGGGGGUGUUGCGUUUGUGGCGAACGCCUUCAAUGGGUGCGUGGCUUAACAACGAGAUCAAAUGUAGUAGCUUGUCGUGACUGUAGGUAGACUUUAAUGCUUGCGCAUGCCGGCAUGCGUGUAAGGCGAGUUAGUGUACUGAAGCAUGCGGGCGGCAUGGCUUCACGAGCCGGCCGCGGCUGAUUGUGUCGGUAUGAGCGUGAGGCAACACAGAUUGCAGCAGGGUAUAGUGCGACGGCAGUGUGGCUUGAGGAUAGCCAUGUAAAGGUUCAUAGAU